AUGAGUUCCGAAAUCAGUGUUAAGGAAAAACUUAAAAUUCUCAAAUCAUGGUUCCGUGAAAAUCCUAAUCUACCGGAAGAAAUCGACUUAACACUAUUAAAACGUUUUCUAAAAUGCAUGAACUACGAUGUGGAAGAAACAAAAAAGCUGUUGGAACGCAACUACUUCUUGAGAAAUAAAACCCCACAGAUAUUUAUUGAUCGUAAUCCGGAAGAUGAAGUAACUAGGAAAUCAUUUUUAAAUGUAGAAAUGGUUCCAUUACCCGGGCUCACAGCGGAUAAUUACAAGGUUUUAUGUUUUCGGUUGAUAAACAAAGAUGCAAAGGCACAAAACAACAUUGAAGAGAGCAAGGCAUUUUUCAUGAUGACCGACACACGUUUUACCUUUGACGAUGUUACCGAUAACUUCAGCGUUACUCUGCCGCCGCCACCCACUGAGACUGCAAACGAGGAUGCAGAAGAUAUCGAUGAUGAUAUGUCCAAAUUGUCCAAUGGUGAAAUACACAUUGUUGAUAUUGCCAAUUAUACGUUGCGUCACAUUGCCAAUAUGUCAUUGAUGGUUAUGCGGGCCUAUAUGAAUUUCCUACAGGAAGCAUAUCCUGUACGACUAAAGGCAAUGCACAUUAUUAAUUGUCCAGCGCAAGUUAAUCAUAUGGUGAGGAUAACAAAACCAUUUAUAAGGGAGGAAGUAUUCAAUAUGACCCACUUCCACACCAAAGGCCUCGAAACGUUAUAUGAACAAGUGCCGCGUGACAUCUUGCCUUUGGACUAUGGUGGUAAUGCUCGAAGUUUAGCCGAGAUCUCAUCGGAUUGGUGGAAAAUUAUCAAUAACAAAAAGGAAUAUUUAAUGGAUCCUAGACAUUGGAAAGUUACCAAAACUGAAGAAGCACCGAGUCGUUGGAGUUUGUGGUGA